AUGUCUAACACGGAGUGCGAGAGAGUUCUUCUCGAGCGUGCCUAUGCUGCCAACGCGGCAGACCAUGCUCUAACCUGGUGGCAGGCUAUGUCCAAGUACAGGAAAGCUGUAUUUUGGGCAUGCGUUUUUUCUUUCACGCUUACCAUGCAGUCCUCGGACGCGACUUCGACUACCACUUUCUAUGGACAAACACCAAUCAAAGAGCAAUUCGGUUCAGUUGACAAGGGAGUCCUUGAAGUGUCGGCAAAAUGGCAAACUGGUAUCCAGCAGGGAUUGGCCUGUGGCGAGCUUAUUGGCAUGAUGGUCAUGCUUACUGGUUGUCUGUUUAUCUUUGCCUUUGCUCAGAAUCUUGGUAUGAUGGUUGCCGCCAUGGUCUUGUGUGGUAUUCCCUGGGGUGCUUUUCAGACCGGGUGCAUUGCCUCCUCCGAAAUGGUACCUACCUGCUUGCGCCCUUUGGUCACCGCCUGGAUUGGCAUCUGCUGGGGACUUGGUUUUUUCAUUGGCGCUCCAGUCAAUCGUGCAUGCUUGCAUCUGGCAGGUCAAUGGGCAUGGCGGUUGCCAUUCCUCAUCCAAUUCGUAUGGCCCAUUCCGUUACUGAUCUGCUUCAUUCUGGCUCCCGAGUCGCCAUACUUUCUGGUACGCAUGGGCCGCCUUGAUGAAGCACGUACGACUCUUCGUCGUAUCGGGAAUAAGGAUAUCACAGACGAGGAGAUUGAACAAACGAUUGCCCUUAUUGACUACACAAAUCGUGCAGAAGUAGAGGAGAGCUCGUCAUCAAGCUAUGCUGAGUGCUUCCGGGGGAAGAAUUUGUGGCGUACCGAAAUCGUUUGCAUCGUACAAUUAGCACAGACAUGGGGAGGUAAUGGGAUUAAUGUGCAAACUGUUCAGUUUCUGGAGCAGGCAGGCCUGUCAGAAGACGGCGCCUUCGAUUUGAAUCUGAUUUUAAAUUCCCAAUACCUGACCUUUGGUCUCUUUUGCAUUUGGCUUAUGACAAAAUUCGGUCGAGCAACCAUCUUUACCAUUGGUCUCAUGAUCAGCGACGUGUUUCUGUUCGGUAUUGGUAUUCUAGGCUGUGUCAAACAGACGACAGCGGUAUCAAAUGCCGUUGGCCCCCUCCUUCUGGUAUCGAGUGUUGUGUAUAUCGCCUCAGUCGCCCCGGCUUCCUACACUAUAAUUGGUGAGGUACCCUCAGGGAAGCUUCGCGCAAAGAUGAUUUCGAUUUCCCGUGUCGCCUUCAAUCUUGGGGGUUUUAUCACGAAUGUUUUGCUACCCAAGAUGCUCACGGCCUACAAGGAAAAUCCUUUGCUGGUUCACCUGAUCCAAGAAUGCCGGAUUCUCGAGCAUGCGCGGAACGAACUACGGUGGCUACAUGAGAGCGCCGUCGCAAAAGUUGCGAAGACGAAGGAAUCAUCUAGAGAACGGGAUAGUCAAAUCACACGGAGAUGGCAACAGGAACUAAGGAGAAUGUGUACAGAGCGUGGCAGAGGGAAACCUCUCCAGUACAUACUAGGUGAUCAGCCUUUCGGAGAGCUGCAGAUCAAAUGUCAGAAAGGGGUGUUGAUACCACGUGCCGAAACCGAGUCUUAUACGUUUCAUGCGCGAGAUGUUAUAUUGGAAGGCCAUCGUGCCAAACACUUUGGAAAAUCGUUACGUAUCCUUGAUUUAUGCAGCGGUAGCGGUUGCAUCUCAUUGCUCCUUCACUCACUUCUUGCGUCCGACAUCAAAGACCUUACCAUAGUUGGAGUCGAUGUAGAUCCUCAUGCUAUCAAGCUGAGCCAAAAGAACAAAUUCCAUAAUAUCCAGCGCGGUCAUCUUUCUCCUCGGGCAGAAAAUGAGGUAUCUUUUUUGCAAGCCGAUAUUUUACAUUCAAUUCAAUCGGACAGCUCCUUGUUCCUGGAUGCUCUACAAACCUACUUUCAUACAAGUCGUGAUCAAAACCAGAAUACGUGGGACGUCCUCAUAUCGAACCCACCUUACAUAUCACCUACCAACCUCAUGAAUGGAACAACUUCGCGCAGUGUUCGAAAAUACGAGCCAAUCAGGGCUCUUGUGCCUCCUAUUUUCGACUGCUCAAGCUGGCAGGAUUCCGGUCUUGAACAUGUGGCCCGUGAGGAUAUUUUCUAUGCUAGGUUGUUGUCUCUAGCAAAUCAAUUACAUGUCAAGGUUACUGUUCUCGAAUGCGGCGACUUGGAACAGGCUCGGCGUGUUGUAACGAUGUCCCACACCCUAUUCAAGCAAGUCGGUGACGCGAAGCAACGCGUGUACAUUUGGGAUGAUGGUAAUUCCAUUGAUGACAAUGAUGGGGGUGCUCGGGCAGUCAUCAUCGAGAGAUUUUCAUGA